AUGGCGGAGCAAAGCGGCCAGAGGCGCGGAGCGAGCGGUGACGCCGACCUGCGACCGGCGCGCACACUGCGCGUGCAGUUCGACGGCGCCGUACACGAGUUGCUACUGACCGGCGACGCCGACACGGACGACGUAGAAGACCUCCUGCGCACCUUAGCUGGGUGCGGCCCGGGCGACAUUCUGAAACUGGUGACGUCCGAAGGACAGCUGGUGACGCCAAAGUUCCUGACUGGCUCAUCAGCACGCUCCGAAGGCACGCUCUACCGACUCACAAAGGCCGCCUCGCACGUUUGCGGGAGAAACAUUCUAUCGAAGGAAGAGGAUUUGCGGCUUCUUAAAGAAAGACUCGACAGCCUUGAGACAAAGCUUCUGGAGAGUGCUAGACCAGUGCCGCCAUCUGUUAAAGACCUGCAAACUAACGUUUGGCAGCUUCUUCGCCAGCUACACAGGAUCGACCUAAUCGACUGGCUCGGUAAGUGGACCAACUGAAAAUAAGUUUUUUCACGGUCAAAAUAAGUUGUGAUUUUAGAGACGUUCCUUUCACAACGCA